UGACAGCUCAGUAAACCCGGCUUCGGGCACCCUCGGGGAUCCGCACACACUGACAUCAGGAUUGGAAGCAGAAUUUCCAAGUUGGAAUGGAUGACCGGACAUCUCCUUCCAUUGACACGUGGCGAGCGAUGGACCGGAAACCUGGGAGAGUUUGUCGGAGUCUCUUUGGUCCGGUCGAUCGGGGGCAGGUCGCGGCUGAGCUGAGGGCUGAGUUGCGGACUCAGCUGGAAGCAGCCAAAAAGCAGUGGGCGUUUGACUUUGAGCGGGAACAGCCAGUGCAGGGGGCCCUCCAGUGGGAGGCAGUGCCGAGUCAUGCUGUGCCACAUUUCUAUCGGACCUCUGUGCGUGGUGGCCCGCAAAAGGGACUGCCAAGGGAGGCUGGGGAGAGGAAGAGGUCACCGCAGCAGGAAUCUAACCAACCACCGAAAUCUCCGAGCCGCAAGAGGAAGCAAACUGUCAUCACAGAUUACUACACAAUGAAGAGGAGGUUUGCACCGUCUGGUUCUGAAUCCAAACCAUAGGGCCAACAGGAGACCGGAUAAACUGUCACUUUGAUUUCUCUUCAUAUUCCCUGGAAAACACUGGCUCUCUGUGCCUUGGAGAAUUAUGACUCUUGGUUCAGUAACCCGCAGUUCAAUAGCACUUAUAUUAAUGAGCAGGGCCCUCCCUGAAUGACAAUGGACCCAUCAGCCUUUAAUGCUCUCACACUGGCUGCAUGUUGGGAUGCUGUCACUCUCUGAACAACGGCCUACACAAGCAGGCUCUUGGAGCCAGAUUUUCUGAAGAGUUAUUGUUGUUAGGGGAUAAAUUAUUUGAAAGUCCUGAUGAAUCUGUAACCCUGACAGGCCUGUGCAGGAGCAGGCUCAUGUCAGUGCUCACCUGCUUCAGGUGAAUGAGCUGCUGGAGCUGUUAUUCUGACAGUCACCCACUGGGUUCAGCAGCAGCAACACCUUACUGAGACAUCACGAUUUAAUAGCACAUCAAUAGAAUGGACACUCCGAGAGAGAGAGUGACGGACUGGGACAGGGAGGGAGUGUGUGUGUAAGGGACUGGGAUAGAGAGAGGGAAUGUGAGGGACUGGGAGAGAGAGAGUGUGUGUGAGGGAAUGGGACAGAGAGAGUGUGUGUGAGGGAAUGGGACAGAGAGAGAGAGA